AUGACCUCAAAUUACCGUCUCGGCCCAGGGUCAUCUAGUCCCCAAACAACCACCUGCCCCACAGCUUCGACGUCGACAGCGGCGGCGUCAGACCACCCAGACGACCUCCAACAUUCACAGCGCAAACUACAAGCGCUAUUUAUUGAAGACAUUCCACGGCCUCUGACCGCUGUGUGUGCGCGCCCCAUCCCCAACUCGUACUGGGCCACCCCCCUUCUCCUCGCAUGCGAAUACCCAUGGACGCCUAAAAACCCAAACAAACCCAAGCUCGACGCGCUACUGCGCGCUGGCGUGCGCACAUUUAUCGAUCUCACCGAGUGCGGCGAGCUGCUACCAUACUCGUCUAUCUUGUCACAGCGCAGCGCGCUCCUGGGAAUCGACCCCGCCACUAUCGAGUACCACCGUUUCGCAAUCCGCGACCGAUGCCUUCCUGAAAGCAUUAACCACAUGUACCGCGUGUUAGAUACGCUCCGGGACAACCAGGAGCGCGGUAGAAUCAGCGCGGUGCAUUGUCGGGGAGGGAUCGGCCGCACGGGCAUGGUGAUUGGGUGCUGGCUCGUAGAAAGUGGUAUAGCGAGGGAUGGCAAAGAGGCGCUAGCCAUUAUUGCGAGGGAAUGGAAGACUGUGGAGAAAUGCAAACGCUACCCCCACAGCCCAGAAACGGGGGCGCAAUUCGACUUUGUUGCAAAGUUCCAUCCAUCACCGAAACAACUACACGCUACAUUGGAGCUCGAGAGCGAGGAUGCAUGA